CUGUGCCGAGGUGCUGCCAGGCUGGAGCUGCUCCCAGCCGAGGGGCAGCGCUCCCGUAGCUCGGCGAGCCAAACUGGAAUGCUGGGGGAAGGGGAAGCAGAGAGGAAGUCAAGGACUCGUUCCAUUCAGGGAUCGGAGUGAAAUCAGCACUUAACUUUUCUUACAAGAUCCAGCAAAAGCCAGCACUUUGUUCUGAUGGCAGCCAAGCCUUUUCCACCCAAGACCUCCUCGAUGCCUCUGAGAAAAGCAGUGGACAGAAGGUCUAAACUCACCAGGCUGCAGCAGUGAGGGCCAUGGCACCCUGGCUUUAUCCCAAGAUUUAGGGGCCAGGGGGAGCCAUGGAUUGGAGAUAAAGUGAGGACAUGAGAAUACCCUUGUCCGAGGCUGAGGAGCGUGGAUUUGAUCCCUUUCCUAUGGGCAUUUAGACGGCAAAGCAAGUGGAGGAAGAGCAGAGUGUGCUCCUGUGCCAGACAGUUUUUAGGGUGGGUGGUGGGGCUGCCCUACUCUGAGGGAGGGUCAGGCAAAGGCUGAGGUGCAGUUAAUCUCAUGCUCCACAUGACAGGAGUGGUGGCUACUCCUGACCUGGAGCUGCAGGAGAGCUGAGAGCCAGGCCUAAAACUGUUCUCCAGUCAGCUCCUUCAGAUGGAGUUCAGAGUUGAGAUCGUUUCCCUGUCCCACCCCAGCAAGCACAGAGGAAACAGAUGGUGGCAGGGAUCAGGAUUUAACCCUUUUUUGUGAAUAGGCUCAGUGUUUUGGCUGUUGUAAAAUGUGGUGAUUAUCGAAGUGGUUGGCAGCUACAGGAGACAUGCUGCUCACCUUCAGCAGUCUCUGUGGGAGGCACCAGCCCAUCUGGAAAGCAAUUUGGCUCCCUGGCUACGGUGGGAACUGGAGACAGAUUCGGGUUGUUACUUGCUCAAAGUGUGGCAGGUGCGUGCAAAUUAAUUUUUUUCCUCAUUUUCUAGACAGUCUUUUUUAUUUUUAUUGUAUAGGGGUGUCAGUGCAGUUUUUAAAGCAAAAAUGUGAGAUUCUACCAGUGAGAAGGAUCUCCAUAAGGGAAACCAAGGCUCUGCUGCUUGUACCUUUAGACCUUGGAGAUUUUUGCUCACUUGAAUAUAAAGUUAGGGUCAUAUUAAAAAAAAAAUAGUUCAGAGUUUUGAAUAACAGACUUAUUAAUGCUGGGAUUUCUGCACAGGGAACCACUGCUUUGUGUGCUUGGCUGUUUGAGAGGGAAGCUGGCAUAUCAGCAGAGAGAUGUGCUGCUCUUAAUUAGAUGGAGCUGGAUACACCAUCAGAGGCCCCGGUUUUGAUUUUAAUACUGGCUGCAGUGGGAGCAGUUGUGUAUAGGAAAUGGGGGUUGGCUUGACUUGUAUCUGUUGCUCCUGGGUUAGCAAAUAAGGAGAUGAAGGGACAAUGUGAUUUAUUGUCCAGUCACUAGAAGAAGUCUGGAAAGAGAUGUGUUUUCAGCAUUCCUGUUGCAGCUUACACAGUAAGUACCAAUAAGUAAACCCAAAGAGCAAGGAAAAAACCUUGGACUUUGCUUAAGGUUGCUGAUUACAUGGGUGCCUCAGCAUUUAAAAAAAAAAAAAAGUGCACUGAAAGGGGGAAACCUGGUAACCAGCUUCUAUGGGCUAUGUACAAUAACCCAGGACCUGGUUUCCAAUUAGGCAGAGAGCUACCUGUGUUGUGAAGGGCAUAACUAGGAGUCCAGGAUUUUUCCCAAAGCUCCUCUUUCCUAAGGCUGAUCUAUAUCUGCCCUUAUUUUUAUCUAUUGUGUUCACAUGGUUGGCUUUUUUUUUCUUUUGUUAGUCUGCUUUCCUUCCUCUUUUUAAAGAAUAGCUUAUCUGUAUGCCCCAGAAGGGUGUGACUCACAGAGAUCACAGGCCUUUUACAAUGAGCCAGAGCCAACCUGCUGACUACAAGAGAAUGUGCUGAGGGUUUCAGCCACAAGUGCCAUGACUGUCGGGGAUGCACACUGGUGGGAUUCAGCUGGAUCAGGAGCGUCCACUUCCACUGCCAGCAGGCAAGUCCACCCACAGCACCACCCUGUCUUGGAAAAGCUCUGCUCUGGUGUUUCAGUGCUGUCCAUCCCUGCUGCCCUGCACUGUGAGGGACAGGGGCAGCAGGAAACAGAGCUGUUUCUGGACACUUUGGUCAUGUGUGUACACAGUGACCAGAGCUCCAGUCCUGGGAGUCAGAAAUGACCCUUCACCUGAGCUGUGAUGUGACGUGAGUGACCUGGGACCACUCACUUAAUGCCUUGUCACUCUUCACCUGCCACCUCGUGCAUGUUUGCUCUGCUUACCCAUGGAUUUCAUUGGGUUGUUGCAAAGCCAGUAGAAGUCUGAAUUCACUCUGUUCAAGUCUUAGAGUGCACCCUUGUACAACAGUAGGAGAGGGAAGGCACCGAUUUGUCUGGUUUUAUUUUUCUGUCAGGAGGCUUUGCGAUGGAUGACGGAGCAGAGUCUCUGAUGACUGUGCAUCUUCUCGCCCAUUUGGGACACUCAUUUCUUCUGCAGCAAACUCUGGAUCGGCUUUUGGAGUGGAUCUGCCUGGACAUUCGCCUUUUCCUGGUGUCUGAGCGAAUUACUCCACUGAAAUACUAUGAGAGAUAUCGCAGGAGAAACUGCGGCUUUCCCGGAAUAUCCGUUCUCCUCUUUCUACACGAGGACUUGGGAGAAGAACGGAUUCUCCAGGUCCAUGAGCAAUUCCAGCAUCCGCCCUGGCGGUACCAGUGUGCCCAGAUUACUAAUGGGCAAAGCCACCCCUAUGCCCCAGCUCACCAGGACUUCUACGCCCUGGAUGACCGGCUGCCUGUGUGGGGCAUCAGGCGGGUGCACUGCGGCCCCGAAAUCCUGCGUGUCACCCUCUACUGCAGUUUUGAUAACUAUGAGGAUGCAGUGAGGCUCUACGAGAUGAUCUUACAGAAAGAAGCAACUGUGCAGAAAAGUAACUUCUCUGUUUUCGUGCUGCACACAACCCAACACGUGGCCGUGCAGCUCUGCCUGAAGCAGCUGCCCAUCGGGGUGGCUGCUGAGCCCAGGGACUCGUCAGCCUUGCAGUUCAAGGUGCAAGAAAUCGGGCAGUUGGUGCCCCUCCUGCCUAACCCGUGUGUUCCUAUCAGCAGCACCAGGUGGCAAACACAGGACUAUGAAGGAAAUACAAUUCUGCUUCAGGUUCAAAACAGCUCCAAGUACCUUGAAGCAAACAUUGGGCUUUCCCAUCAGCAUAAUAAUACGGGCACUAGAAAAAUCCUGCAGGACUUUGUCCCGGCCCCUCUCCCUGUAGCGCAGGGAAAUCCUGGGCGGAGAAGCCAGGAAGUCAGAGCUGUGAAGGGUAAAACAAAAUCUGACCAAAAUGAAGUCCUUGCUCCUGAGCAAGCCGGCGGUGACCUCCACAGGCACUUCUGCUCUUCCCACAGUGUUCCAGCGGCCCGGUGGUGGUGGGAUGCCCCGUCCCUCCGCAGGCAGGUGAGCAGCAGGAUGCGGGCUCCUCCACAGGAGAGCCACCGUCGGCGGCGGGCGACAGAGACCAACGUCGACACUGGGCUGGCCGUGGUGAGUCCUGUGAGUGGCCGCUGCCCACUGAACCACUUCUCCAGGGCCCUGCGGAGCAGCCUCCUGCAGCUGCAAGCCCCCACGGAUGGGGCCGGCAGUGCCCUGCCCUCCCAGGACAGGACCCAGCUGCCGUUUGCCGAAAGGAGCCAAGGAGCAGGGCAGAGAGCUUUGGGCUGCCACUCGCACACACCACAAGCCAGUCCUGCAAACAGAGCAGAGGACGAGGAGGAGGAAUUCUUUAUAUGACUGAAAGCAAACAUGCCAGAUGGACUCAUCCUUCCCAAAUGACAGCAGAGCACUUUUGGGCGUACUGUGCCUCCCUGUGCUGUGACUGCUGCUGCUCAGUGUACCCCUGUAGCUGUGACAUCUCAGUAGUGGAUGCAUCGAGAUAGACACUAACUUUCCAUGGACAGAUGUUAAGGAGGCUGGAGGCAAAGCAGGAAAAACAACACUGUAUUUACAUAAAGUUUUGGGGUUUUUUUAGUGCAGAAUAGAUUAGGGGAUUAUUGUGCAAUGAAUAGGAAUAAGCCAUAUGACUCCUAGAGCUGUUCUAAGAUGCUAAAAAAUAGCCAGCGACAUCUUCAGAUGGGGUUUGAAGGUGCAGUUUCCCUGAGCUGCCCAAGCAGCUGGAUGCCCCCAGCCAUGGGGACUCACCCUGCCUUGCCAGGACAUACUGGGACAAGGUAGUGGCAUGGUCACAGUGGUUAUGCUGAUUUUCCUCUGUGUUCCUUCUCACUUCCCCUGUUGUUGGUAUUUAAAAUCUACCAAUGUUGUCAAUUUUAUGCAAGACGUGAAACUUAGGAAUGUUUUUUUUAAAUAUUUUUCAAGGAAAACAUUUCUAGUGAGAUCUUUUCCCCAAAUUAGCACAGCACACACAAAAAGCAAACGCUUGCAGAGAAGUGCCAAUAAGACCUGCUGUUGCCUAUUCAUAUGACACUUAGCAAAAUAAACCCAGGCCAGGCUUUGUUAGACCAGUGUGCAGUUAUCAGCAGGCAAUCCCAACUGGGUUUUAAUUAACAGAAGAUAAGAGAAAUUAAGAAUCUUGGAGAGAAUUGCUGAGUGCUGGAGAGUAAAAGGGACAGAAGAAAUGAAGUAAUGUUUCAGCAACAGAUGCUGAAAUAACUCUCAUCUUGAUCAGCAGUUUUCUCAAGUAGGAUUAAAUAAAUCCCAAAGGAAAAGAGAUGGGGAAAAUAUGAUAGAGAAGUGAAAUUAUUCAAAGAAAAGCCACAUCUGAUAAUACUUAUCUUCCAAAGAGUACAAUACACAGGUAUUUUCUCCUUUAAAUAUAUCUGAAUUCUGCUUUACACAAAAAUGUGAAUUUGUUUGGAGAGUGCCUUCUCAUCACCUCUUGGCUCAGAAUUCAAGUUUGACAGGCAGUGGCUUCCUGUGGCCUGAGGAGAAGCAGGGGGUGAUGGGUACCCUUCCUGCAAGGGGGUUCCACACAAUUUUAUGGGUAUUUACAUGUACAUGUGCCAACUGGGGACAGCCUGGGCUGCACUGCACAGCUUCCUUACCUGCCUCUCUGCUGCUGGUGGGCUGUGCAGCCCUGUGGGGCUGGGUGUUAGCUCAGGAUUUGGGAGAAGUUUGAAGGUGCAGCCAAGUUGGUCUGAAGAGCUUUGGGGGAUAUAGGGCAGUCCCUACUCCAGAUCUCCAUGCCUUCCCAGCUGGUGCUGCCUUGCAAGUGAUGCUCAAGUAUCCUGUGACCUGGGGACCAAAACCUGCAGAACAGGACAUUUAGUUCACUGGACAUUUACAAACCCCCCCUCCAUGUUUUCAUGAGCUCUGUAAGAAUUUUGGACUUUUUAAUAAAUCAUACUGUGGCAUUUUA